GCAAGGGAUCAGAGCUGACACCACAGACCAUAAAGUGGGUCCUCUGCUACCCGGAGAAGUGUGGUGCCGCUCCGCAGAGCCCCUUCCCAGUCCAGCGUGGAUCAAACCAAGCAGGAGCAGGCAGCAGAAAGCAGGAACAGCACGUGUCCCAGCACCCUACAUCUGUCUUGCUGCACACUGCAGGCUGCGCCAUGCUUGCGCUCCGUGGCAGCCUAAGGAGGCUAUCGCAGGCUCUGGUGCAUCAGGUGUGCUCGUCUUUCACUACUGGCCACAGUCAACAAGAAGGAACAUUCUAUGAAUUUUGUACUUAUUACCUUAAGCCCGCAAAUGUGGAAGAGUUCCUGUACAAUUUUAAGAAAAAUGUUCAUCUUCGGACAGCUCACUCUGAAUUGGUGGGAUAUUGGACUGUCGGAUUUGGAGGCAGAAUAAACACUAUAUUCCAUAUUUGGAAAUAUGAUAAUUUUGCUCACCGUGCUGCAGUAUACAAAGCCUUGGCCAAGGAUGAGGAUUGGCAAGAACGGUUCCUCAUACCAAAUUUGCCUCUCAUUGAUAAACAAGAGAGUGAAAUUACCUAUUUGGUACCAUGGUGCAAAAUAAGAACGCCUCCCAAGGAAGGAAUCUAUGAACUGUCUACUUUUCUGAUGAAACCUGGUGGCCCAGCUCUAUGGGGUGACGCAUUUCAAAGGGCAGUAAAUGCCCAUGCUGAUCAAGGCUACAUUAAACUAAUUGGUGUGUUCCAUGCAGAGUAUGGAUUGCUCAACAGAGUUCAUGUUCUGUGGUGGUGUGAGAACGCAGACGCUCGGGCAGCUGGGAGACGUCAAGCCCAUGAAGAUCCCAGAGUCGUGUCUGCUGUCCGGGAAAGUGUCAACUACCUAGAUGCUCAGCAGAACAUGUUCCUCAUUCCGUGGUCAUUUUCACCACUGAAAUAGUUUCCUAACGACUGUCUUAGGAGCUGAUGUGAGAUGUGUCAGGGGCCAAUGCUUCAAUUCUCUCUAGAGAAUUAUUUCAGCUUUUAUUUGAAGGGAGUGAAUACCUCUUCUGUAAGACAACCCUUUGUUCAAUGAGAUCGGAUUUCCAAGUUUGUGAC